GCAAAGUGGAUUGGAUUUUUGCUUCAGUUGUUUACGUUCCAGGUACAGGUGCCUGUGCUUGACAUGUCUAAUUGUAUCUUCAGCAAUUGGUGGCAGAGGGUUUUGUAGGUUUACUUGGGGGUCAAAUGAGUUGAAUGAUCUGGCCCAGGUUGCUAAAUGAGAGAAAACAUGUGGUGCUAGCCUUUGCCAUGAGAAGACAAGAAAAGACAAGAAUUCUGUAAUACCUGAAAAAGAGGAGGCAUCCUAGCAGAAAAUGGCAGCUUUAUGUCAGAAAUGUUUAGUGUCAUGGCACUUGAAGUCAAAACUUGUCUUCCAAAGCCGUGUUUUGUUUUGCCAAAAGAAAAGUUGGUCAGCAGUAACUACAAAGAGACCACUCUCGACCUUGUCAGCUCCUCUUGCCUCAGCAUUCAAUUCCAAGCCAUCCUACAAGUUCAGUUUCAACUUCAGAGCUGGUUGUGGACUGUUUCAGAUCAUGGAAUUACAAGAUUUUAGUGGCUUUCAUAUCCUGAAGGAGAAUGCUGAGAUUGAAGUUGAAUCCCUCGUUGAAGAGAUAAAAAGCUUGAACAGGACAAAAAGUGUUGUGACACUGUUUGAUGAGCUCUCUGAUUGUCUGUGUAGGGUAGCAGAUCUGGCUGAUUUCAUCCGCGUUUCCCAUCCAGAACCCUUGUUUGCACAGGCUGCAGAAGAUGCUUGUGUGCAUCUCUCAGGAAUUGUAGAAAAGUUGAAUACAAACCCUGACAUAUACAAUGCUCUAAAGAAGGCUGUGGAGGAAGGGGAUGUAGUACCUCUCAAUGAUCUAGACAAGAGAGUUGGAAAACUCUUCCUGUUUGACCAUGAACAAUGUGGUAUCCAUCUGGACAAGGAGAAGAGGGAGACUUUUGUAAAGCUGAACGAGGAUGUCAUGAUGAUUGGAAAUUUCUUCAUGCAGGGAACACAUACAAUGAGAUCUGUAAAAAAGACUUCACUACCAGAAAGUAUAAGACAUUAUUUUAAUAUUGAUGGUGAACAUGUGCAAGUUUAUAACCUCCAUUCAGACCACUAUAAUGAACGGAUGAGGGAGGCAGCCUACAAAAUCUACCUUUAUCCAGACAAACACCAGGAACAUCUAUUGAUGAGUCUGCUACAUGCUCGACACAAACUGGCUCAGGUUGUUGGCUUUGAGACGUACGCUCAUAGAACCAUUAAAGGCACUAUGGCUGAAACUCCAGAAAAUGUGAUGGAUUUUCUAGAAACCUUGGCUGACAGUAUAAGAUCCAGAGCCAAUGCAGAUUUUGCUGACAUGCUUCACUUAAAACAAGCUGAAGGAGGAAUAGAAAAUAAAAUCUUGGCAUGGGACCCACCGUAUUACAGUGCUAAAGGGAGACAACUUGUAUCUAACCUGAAGAGCUAUGAAAUGAUGCCAUAUUUCUCUCUGGGGGGUUGCAUGGAGGGUCUGAACAAUCUGUACAACUGCUUAUUCAAUGUCACCCUGAAGAAUGUGGAGCUUGAGAAUGGCGAAAGCUGGGCAAAAGACAUUCACAAACUGGCAGUGGUGCAUGAGACAGAGGGUGUGUUGGGCUAUAUCUACUGUGACUUCUACGAUAGAGCUGACAAACCUCCACAGGACAGUCAUUAUACUAUCCAGGGAGGUAGACAAAAGGAGGAUGGGACAUACCAGCUUCCCAUUGUAGUAUUACAACUCAACUUCUCCUCAAAUCGUGGUAAUGUCCCCUCACUACUUACACACAGCAUGAUGGAAAACUUGUUCCAUGAGUUUGGACAUGCCAUGCAUUCCAUGUUGGGACGUACAAAAUACCAACAUGUUACAGGGACCAGAUGUCCAACAGAUUUUGCUGAAGUACCAUCAAUACUUAUGGAGUAUUUUGUCUCAGAUCCAAGGGUGCUCUCAACAUUUGCAUUCCACUACAAGACUGGUGAGCCCCUUCCUAUGGAGCAAAUACAGAAACUUUGUGAGGCCAAGAAGUUAUACUCAGCAUCAGACAUGCAGCUCCAGGUGUUCUACUCCAUCACAGACCAGGUGUUCCACAGUCGAUAUCCAUUUAAGGACAACAAGAGUACAACACAAGUGAUGGCUGAGUUACAGGACAAGUAUUACAGCAUUCCUUAUGUCAAUAACACAGCAUGGCAGUUAAGGUUUGGUCACCUUGUUGGAUAUGGCGCCAAGUAUUACUCAUAUCUCAUGUCAAGGGGUGUAGCUGCCAGAAUCUGGAAUACCUGCUUUAAAGAUGACCCUUUCAACAGGCAAAUGGGUGAACGAUACAGGGAAAAAAUGCUGCGACAUGGAGGGGAGAUAGCACCUGGAAAAUUAGUUCAGUCCAUGCUACAGGAACCAGAGGAGCUGACUAUGAACCAGUUAGUCCAGUCACUUAUUCAGGACCUGGACCGUUGUUGAUGAGGAUAUCUCUUCAUAUCUACUGGGAACAUGUGACAUGUGUAAUGUUUACAUUUAUAAACAAAAACAAAUAACAGCCGAGUAGUCAGAGACUUGGGUUUUAUCAGUCUGCUACAAAUGUUUGUGAACAACACCUGGGCAGUCUAUAUAUAGAUCAUCUGACCUCAUACACUUUGGAAUUUUAUUACGAACUGAUGGAACCUGUGAUAGAACACAAGGAUGCCAAAUCUAUUUUUUAUUUUUGUUAUGGAGUGAAGAGAUUUCUGCGACUAACAGCUGUUUUUACUUAAUACAUUAUAAAUUAGUCAUCACCUGUGAUUUGAUUAUCAUUGUAGUGUUAAAAUGACGAUAUUGAUUUGAAGCUUGUUGAUUAUUUUAUACUAAAUAAAUUGUACUGGGAACAAUUUGCUUUUCCCAGCAGUUUCUGAAUAAAUUAUUACCCUUUUACAGAUUAUGGUUAUU